AUGCCUUUGCUGACAGGUGUACGGGGCGAACCAGUCUACCACCCUUCUAAUAUCAGAGAUCUUGAGGCUCUGGUGAAGCAGCUGCCCCCUAUCACAGAAGGAGGAGCGGCUUGGUUGAGAAGACUAGGCAGUCUUACGGAAGGAGAAGAACUUGCCCUGGGAGAUUUCCGAGCUAUCGGUGGGAGGACCUUCAGAGGAGGAGGCCUCGCAGAUGUGGAAGAGAUAGCAAGAACGGUAUGCCAACCAAACGAUCUCCCCUACGCAAGGGUGCGAAAUGCUCUCCGACCCAUAACAUUGGCACUACACCUAGGAUUGUUUGGAGCCCAGAACAUUCCCCUGGAGAGUUUAUGGAGCAUGCAAAAGAACAGUGGAUUCUCCAAACUGGAGAACAUCCUGGGCAGAAUGGUGAACCUCGGGCGUGAGACAAGGCACCCAACAUGCACACAGCAUGCCAUUGGGGUGUCAAAAAUUAUACAAAAGACAGCACAUAUAGUAAGGGACCAUCCGUUGAAGGUGCUGACCACCCACAGUGUGGUGGCAUAUGUUAACUCACAAGCCUUCACCAUGACACCUCUUACACAACAGAGAGUGUGUAAAGUUUUAGACGCUCCCAACUUGACCUUCACACAUGAAGGAAUCAACAUGGCAGAUUUAAUGGGGUCAGGAGGAGAACCUCAUGACUGCGCAAAGAGAGCUGAAGUUGAUGAGAAAAUCAGAGAAGACCUGAAAGCAGAACCUUUGACGGGAGCUGAAGAUUGGUUCACGGAUGGAUGCUGCUACAGAGAUGAGGAAGGAUUAAAAGCAGGCUACGCGGUAGUUUGCAGAAACGAAGCUGAUUUUGAAGUGAAGGAGGCUGGAAGACUUGAAGGGCAGCAGUCAGCCCAAAGAGCAGAAAUAAUUGCUCUGAGUCGAGCUUUGAGACUUGCAAAAGGAAAAAGAGUCAACAUUUACACGGACUCAGCUUAUGCCUUUGGAGCAGCUCAUGUGGAGCUGGCCCAAUGGAGAAGAGCAGGAUUCAGGACAGCAGAGAAUGCACCAAUCUGCCACAAGAAGGAAAUGGAGGAAUUUGAGCAGGCCUUGGGAGAUCCAGAGGAGGUGAGUAUCAUAAAGUGUAAAGGUCACUCCUCGGGGACUGGCAUGGUGGCCAGAGGAAAUCAGGAAGCCGAUCGAGCUGCAAAAGAGGCAGCGGGCUAUGAAGCAUCACGGCAGAUGGUACAAAUAACCGUGCAGGACGAACCAGGAGUCAACAUGUUACAGGAAGCCAGGAAGGCUCAAGAGGAGGCGGCCUCAGAGGAAAAGGGGGUCUGGAAGAGUCGAGGAGCCUGGGAAGAAGGAGGUCUCUGGCGAGGACCUGACGGACGACCUGUAUUGACAGCCAACUUGGCAAAACGGAAGAUUGCCGAAGCGCAUGGCCUUGGCCAUGUAGGCGUGGCCCAGAUGGGGAGACAUCUGUGCCACUGGUGGCAUCCCUUUUUGAAGGAUAUGAUCAAGGAGAAGGUCAGGACGUGUCUGAUCUGUGGGAGGCACAAUCCGAAGCCAGUGAUUAAACCAGAGGCAGGUAAGUUCCCCAUUCCAGAAAGGCCAGGCGAAGAGAUUGUCAUUGAUUUCACUGACAUGAUUGAUCCAGGGCCAGGAGGAGUUCGAUAUCUACUGGUUGGAGAGGGAGUGAAAGCGGAGGACAGGUCCGUCCCCGAUGCCAAGGCGGUGUGGUUGAAGGUCAUUAAGCGGAAGUGGAGAGACCCGAGGUGGACCGGACCAUUCGAAGUAACUGCCCGAACCACCAGUGCGGUCCGUCUGAAGGGAAAAGGGGAGACCUGGUUCCAUUGGUCUCAGUGUGCAGUCGCGGACGAGAGCUUGCUGGAGCUAAGCUCCACCCCAACUAACACAGGGGGGGGAACAUAG